AGUGCUGGAAGCUCAGGCCCGGUGUUAAGAAGCGGCUCCCUCUCAGCAUUUAGAGCUCUCAAAUUAUUCUGGCCUGUUGCGUAUUUGGCUGAUUGAAAGUAGAAAGAAACUGAAAAGAGACAGGUUAGGGUUAGGGUGGCAACUCGUCCUGUUUUCAUCCAUACUUCCAUCCGUCCAUCCAUCCUACAAGCAAUUCGCAUAUCAUGGCCGGGACUGUUUAACAAUGAGUUUAAACCCUCGCCAUUGCUUAAAAACAAUGGCACAGCCGUUAAACAUCAGGCUGGAUUACGCUGUUGAGCUGGCUAAAGAUGUCGAAGACUUUAGCGCAGAAGAUAGACUUCCUAGGAUGAGGGGAGAAAGUGAGAGGAAAGUUUUUGGUGAAGAUAACUUACUGUAAUGUUUUGUAGCUGGUGAAGAAUGAUUUAGUUCUUAGAUGUGGUUGUAAUUGAAAAGCUUACUCCUGCAUAUGGCAGAUUUUUGGAAUGCCUAGUAUAUGCCACAUUCUGUGUAUUGGAGAAACAGUUAUGAGCAAAAGUAACCUUGGUCUUUGCCCAAAUGGAGUUAGCAGUGUUGUGUGUCUUUCUGUGUUACUCAAGUAAAGAAGGAAGCCCCAACCAUAUAAGUAAAUUGCUACAAAGAAGAGAGCUUGUGGACAAAUGUAUAGGAUCAAGAAUUCACAUCGUAAUGAAGAGUGAUAAGGAAAUUGUUGGCACUCUUCUAGGAUUUGAUGACUUUGUCAAUAUGGUGCUAGAAGAUGUCACUGAAUUUGAGAUUACACCAGAAGGAAGAAGGAUUACUAAAUUAGAUCAGAUCUUGCUAAAUGGAAAUAAUAUAACCAUGUUAGUUCCUGGAGGAGAAGGACCAGAAGUAUGAAUGGAUUUUUCUCGUGGGUUCCGUUUUGUCUUAGAAUGGCAAGAAAAUAGAAUUUUAAAAAAUCUUUUAAUGUUUAGAUUCUAUAAAUCUUAAGUUUCCCGUUAAAGGGAAAUGCUUUGAAGAUGUAUUGUAUACCCAUUUUCUAAGUUAAUCAUGAUUGUCUUGGAAAAAGAGAAAAGGUGUUUGUUUUUUGAAGACUAAAAAAUAAAGAUGUUUUUGGUUAA